AUGAUUUUUGAAGACCCCACACGCAAAGGUGACGAGAACACAUCCCCGCUCCGUUGGUCGCCGCCUACCUCCGCGGCGCUGGUGGCUGCUGCGCUAGCACCACCGGCGUUGAGACCCUGGCUGCCGGACCCGCCGUCCAAGAAGAACAACCACUUGGGCCUGGUGUGCGUGGUGUGCGGCGACACGAGCUCGGGCAAGCACUACGGCAUCCUCGCCUGCAACGGCUGCAGCGGCUUCUUCAAACGCUCCGUCAGAAGAAAACUUAUCUACAGAUGCCAAGCUGGAACGGGCAGGUGUGUGGUGGACAAAGCACAUAGAAACCAAUGCCAAGCUUGCCGACUCAAGAAGUGCCUGGCCAUGGGGAUGAACAAGGACGCGGUACAGAAUGAGAGGCAGCCCCGGAACACGGCUACGAUACGUCCAGAGGCGUUACGGGAUAUGGAUCAGGAGCGAGCGUUGAGAGAAGCGGCCGUUGCCGUCGGGGUGUUCGGGCCACCGGUGUCGCUUGCAAUGGCGCUGUCACCAGCACGGUAUCCGCUGCUGUCGCCGCACUACCCCGCACUGCCGCCGCCGCCGGACUCCAGCCACGAGCACCAGGACCCCCACCACUCCGACAGUGAUGACGACAGCAUCGACGUGACAAACGAAGAAGACUCAACCUCCUACUCACCACCAGCAAUACCCAGUUAUCCACAGAGCUGUGUGCCGUAUGGUUCCCUCGGCGUUGAGAGCGCGGCGGAGACGGCGGCGCGACUGCUUUUCAUGGCCGUCAAAUGGGCCAAGAACUUGCCGUCCUUCGCCAGCCUGGCCUUCCGAGAUCAGGUGAUACUUCUGGAAGAGGCAUGGUCAGAACUGUUCCUACUGAACGCGAUCCAGUGGUGUCUGCCGCUGGAUGCCGCGGGGACCACGCUCUUUGGCAGCGAUCAACACGACCAAGACGGAGGAUCACCUUGUCAGCGACGUUUGCGGGAAGUGGUGGCUCGAUACCGCGCCGUGCUGGUCGACCCGGCAGAGUUCGCCUGCAUGAAAGCCAUCGCGCUCUUUAAGUCAGAGACCCGCGGCCUCAAGGAGCCGCUCCAGAUCGAGAAUCUCCAGGACCAAGCGCAGGUGAUGUUGAUGUCGCACGCGCGCGCCGCCCACGCCGCCGCGCCCGCGCGCUUCGGCCGCCUGCUGCUGCUGCUGCCGCUGCUGCGAGCUGUUCCCCCGCAGCAGCUGGAGCGGGAAUACUUCGCGAAGACCAUCGGACAGACGCCCAUGGAAAAGGUAUUAGCCGAUAUGUAUAAGAACUGA